AGGUCACUCACUUCCUCUUCUGUCACACGUCUUAGACUGGUAUCUCUUGGUGCACUGUGUGGUAUUUAUGGCUUUACAAGGAGCACUGUGAUAUUCAUAUACGCGCGCAGGAACGCUUCCUUCGUCGCUCUGACAGGGAAAUAAAUUGAGAGGAGGACGCCAUGCCCACAAGCCUUUUAAUUGAUAUUCAAAGCGUUUACCUUGUGAAGAUUUCUAGUCACGUGCUUCUCGGAGACAGCGUGUUACGGCUCUUCUUGUGAUGUGUAUUUUAUGGAUUAUUUCUAUGUGAAAUUCGAUAUUUGUGAGGUCUUUUCUAACGUGGAGGGAAGAGAGAAAGAGAGACAAAUUUGAAAGAAAACAUUUGUUGUUUUUAUCAAACAGCUGAUUUUCAUAGAUGAAAUGUACGGUUGGGAUAUACGGGAUUGGAUCUUUUAUAGAUCUCACGACGUAUUUAAAAUGUAACUAUUAACAUGUCUCUUAUAUCCUAGCAAACCCACUGAGCAGAAAACGUAAUUCCGACUAACUCAAUGACCCUCGACGACCUUCACUAAGACAAUGGAUCGCUGCAAGAAAAUCCUAAAGCCAUUCCGAAGUCCCAAAGCCGAUGCUCGGAUGUCUCCGCCAACGCGCAAGUGCCCCGGGUACCAGUACCUAUACCUGGCCUACACCACAACAACACUCAGGAACUUGAUGAUGGGGAACAGCAACACUUCGGAAUUCCAAAAUGCCGUCGAAAAAUCAGCGAAAAAGACCCACCAGGGAGGCAGGCGAUGGGCAGGCAACGGAGGGAGCUCUGGUGAAGACCCCCCGGAUUUCCUCGUGAAAUUAGCCAAGAUUCUUGUGCAAAAGUCUCUGGCUGAAGAUAAUAUAGAUGGCAUUACUGAAAAUGUGUUCCUUAAAUAUAUUUGUAAGGCCAACAAACCACUUGGUCACAGGCUGUUCCAGCACCUGGUUAAGCACUGGCAGGGGGAGAACUCAAGCAACGAAGUCCAAGAGAAAGCGAACUUUGGGGAUCUGUUGUCUAAGUCUGCAUUCAUAGCAUCUUCACACUAUAUUCUGGGACUCCUGUCGGAUAGUGAACAGCUGGAGUUCUACAUUCAGGUGUUUGCUGGAGAUGAGGAAAAGAUCAGUCAAGGAAAUUUAUAUGAACUAGUCUUUGCUGCCUACCAUAUAAGCAAAGUUGCUCAUCAAACAUGCUGCCUUCCAGAUGAUAUUUUAAUGGCAGUUGUUAAAGCAGCAAUGCAUGGGAAGGAGAGCGUGAGCAAGAAGUACCUGCAUAGCUGGGUAUCGCACAACUGCCCCCGCUUGGUCAUGUGGGUACAUAAAUACAUCACACACAUGUUGACAGUGGGUCACCGCACCAUCCCUGAUAACACUAAUGAAGAUGAGGAUGACACAGAUACACCUAUCCUAGACUGUCCCAACAAGUCAUCCUGUAUCACAUUACACCCUGCUUUGAUCUGGCUGCUGACCUGCACCCUGCCAACCCUCUACAGCAAACAACAGAAGAGUCUCCCGGCUUCCAAUUCUCUCUUACUUGAUCCACACAUCUUCAUUGAUAGAAUGAUUUCUGCAGUGAGUCCUACACAUUGGGUUCCUCUCUAUAACAGUGACAACCAUGGCCUCAGCAUUAACAGAUUCCAGCACCAUGUGUUCGGCUACAAUGGACCUACGCUGAUGUUCAUAACAGCAGAAGGAGGAAAUAUGUUCUGUCUUGCUAGUGACGAAGCCUGGAGAGACUCAAAGCACUUUUGGGGAUCUGAUCAUUGUCUUUGCAUGCAUCUUACUCCCGAAUACAAAGUUAUUGAAAGUGGACCAAAGAUGAUGUACUUCAACAUAACGUCGAGGGGGUUUCCGACAGGCAUCCACAUUGGAACUGACAGUACAAACCGUGCUUUGACUAUGGACUUGAACCUCAGCUUAGUUACCUAUCGCAGAAUACCCUACAAGUUGUUUUCCAUAGAAGCUUGGGGUUGUGGAACUACUGAAGCUAAAGAGGCACAGCUGGAGCAGAAGAAACGGGAGGUGAGGGACUCUGAAAACAGGAGGAAGGUUAAUCUUAACACAGUAGACUGGGUGGACAACCCUGACCGAUACCUCUUGGAAUUAGCAGGUGGCAGACCCACUUAUGCGCAGUAUGAUAAAAAGACGAAUGAAAAAAAGACAAACACCUAAG